AUGCGUCUCUACGCGUCUCGGUUCACGCCCCUGAUGGCGUACCUCCUCGCCACACAUGGGGUAGCUGAAGCUUCAUCGUGCAAGACGCUGCUUGAUUCCGACAGCACGCUGGCCAAGUCCCUUUCGUCCUGGACCGAAACAGACUUGACUUCAAUCGACUUCCCCACCGUCUUCAAGGAGAUCGACACGGCCCUUCCUUGGCUGUCCAAGUGCAUCGCCGCCAUCGACCCCAAGGCCGUCUACACGUCACUCGCCAGCUCCUCCGCCGUGAAGAACAGUCUCUCCGUUCUCGAGAACUUUGGCGGAGAUCUCAGCACUGCGGACGGUUGGUCAAGCAUCUGCACCUUGUUCGAUGGCACCAUCAAGCCGGAUGUCGAGACCGUUAUGAAGGACGUCGUCAUGGACGCCCUCAACAGUGUGGACGGCUGCUGCGACGACUUCCUGAGCGAAGUUAAGACGCUGUUCGGUGGGGACGCGCUCGACGACAUGGUGACGAAGCUUCUGGAGCUUGGUCUCAACACCGAAUGCAGCGAGAGGACGUACACGAACCUGAAAGGCACGUCGACCAAAGAAGUCUGCGGCUACUCCAUCUACAAGUCCUUCACUUUCAUCGAGACGGACGACGAUACUGUCUCGCUGUUGAACCUCGCCCAAAUCCCCAACGACCAGAUAUGCGACGCGUUCGCCGGCAAGGCCUUCACCAACACCAAGGGCGCCUCGACCACGAUCGGCUUCGGCACUAACGGUGCGGACGCCAUGGGCAUCUGCCUCGAGCCCAUUGACACGGCGAUGCAGUACUUCAAGUCUUGGGGGAUCUUCUCGGAGGCCGUCGACGCCGACGGUACGAGCGUGUCGCUCUCCGACCUCUUCACCUCGGGCAAGUCGAUCCGUGGCAACUUGCUGUUGGAUUAUGCCGCCUCAGAGUUGGGCCUGCCGCGGAUGGGACUACGAGCCACCGAAAAGGUGCUCUUCGCACUGGGCGCCGUCUCCACCGACGACGGUGACAGUGAGACCUUCCUUCAGGACGGAUUCGUGGAGAUCCUGGACGGCAUGAACUCAUACGCCAAAGCGCUGCUGCUGCACGUCCCGAACAACGGCAGCUGCACCUUCUCGGACCAGUCGAUCACGCUGCCGUACGCGGAAGCUGCAUCUUCGGUGAGCACUGGCACCAGUGCGGCCUCGUCGGUCAAGCUGUCGGGUGUAAUGACUGCGAGUGCGGUGCUGGCCUCGUCGCUCCUCGUG